GACAAUUUUUUGAAAGAAGGUAAAGGUUCAUCGUGGAAUCCUAUUAAUGCUGGAGUACAGAAAGGCAGCGGGCAGAUCCAGCUGUGGCAGUUCCUGCUCGAGCUGCUGUCGGACAGCUCCAACAUGUCGUGCAUCGCGUGGGAGGGAACCAACGGCGAGUUCAAGCUCAUCGACCCGGACGAGGUGGCGCGCCGCUGGGGCGAGCGCAAGAGCAAACCCAACAUGAACUACGACAAGCUGAGCCGCGCGCUGCGCUACUACUACGACAAGAACAUCAUGACGAAGGUGCACGGCAAGCGCUACGCCUACAAGUUCGACUUCCACGGCCUGGCGCAGGUGUGCCACCCGUCCUCGGCCGAGCACGCGCUCUACAAGCUGCAGGGCAACUUCGCGCCGCUGCCCUUCUCGGGCAUCUCCAAGCUCAACCUGGUGGCCCCGGGGGUCGCGUCCUCCGGCUUCUCCUACUGGGCCGGCUCGGCGCCCGGCCUCUACCACAGCCACAACCUGCAGCCGCCGGGGCCCUUCGGCAGCGUGACGGCGGCGGCGGCGGCGGCGGCGGCGGCUGCGGCGCCGCACAUCGGCUGCGUGAACAACAUCAACGGCAUCAACGGCAUCAACGGCAUCGGCAACGUCAACAACAUCAACGGCCACUACAACUGAGCCCUGGCGGCCUUCGGCUCCGCAGCGGCGUCCGUCUCCCACGCGCUGUGGCGGCGCGGCGGCGCGGCUGCGCGCGCACG